CCUAACUUGCGUUGAACGUGUUUAGGAUUCACAUCAUUCUGUAGUAUUUUGAUGAUUAAGGCGAUUUGUAAACAGCAAACAUGGUUUUACUAUAUCAGUUACCACUCAAUUCAUUAUCCCUUAUAAAACCUCCUAAAAGUGCUUGUGCUCACUGCUGUUGACUGUUAAACUGUUAACUCGUUUCAGUGUUGAAUGCAAUAUUUUGUAAAAAUGUAUGCAGUGAAAAGGGAAACCGAAGAGGUAUUAUGCCACGGAUGCCUCAGUGCAAACCGGAGUUUAUCGCCCUUGACGAAUUACGAAAUGUACUUCUGUCUCUUAGGAAAUAAACAAACGCUAGAGGAAUACAAAUAUCUGAAUAUUCUCCUAUGCUGGGAGUGCCAGGCGCUGCUGCGGCGCACCCAGCGGUUCCGGAACACGCUGCAACGCGCACAGUACUUGCUAUCAGUGGCUCAUACUGAGCAGGUUUCACUAAAAUCUUUAUCCACAUUAACACACACACACAAAGAGGAAUAUGACUGCAGCAUAGAAGAAUCCAUAGCCAUAGAGUCCAAAAACGAAGUAGAAUUAUUUAUAGACAACUCAGAUACACACAUAAAAGAAGAAAUAGAAGAUAAUUUGGAAAUUGAUAAUAUUGACACUUACAGUGACAAUAUCAAAGAUGAAAAUGAGUUAAAAAUUAUUAAAACAACAAAGAAAUAUAAGAAAGAUACAGAAAAAAGAGAAUUUAAGAAACUAGAUAACGGAUUGGACAUGAGAAAUCCUGAGAAGUAUUUUAGUGAGAUAUGUCUGAGCGAGAAGGAGGUAGGAGAGAUAUUAGAGAGAGAAAGAGAGGAAGAUGCCAGUCGGCCGCACAAGUGUGACGUCUGCGGGUUUUGGUUCGUGAGCAGAACUGAUGUCUACGACCAUAAGAAGACUAUGCAUAGACAGCGAUCAAAACCAGGAAAGUGUCCCCAAUGCGCUUUCCCGUACAAGUCCCUGUGGGACUUAGAGCUGCACAGCUGGCGAUCUCACCCAGUCAACCGGUGCUCGCUGUGCGGACGUGUCGUGGCGAGCCGCGACAAGGGGAAGCAUCUGCAGAUGCAUAGGUUUAGAUAUCGGUGUUUGAAGUGUGGAGCUGAUUUUGACAACAAGCAUUGGUACCAUCACCACGAGAAGCAGUUGCACUCCAAGUAUAUCUGCGCACAUUGCGACCGCACUGUUAACACUAAGAAAUCUUUGGAGAAGCAUGUCAUCCGGCACCACCUGCCCGCCACGUGCUCGUGCUGCGGCGCGCGCUUCCCGACGUGGGAGCGGCUGCGGCGCCACGCGCGCGACGCGCACGAGCGGACCGGGCCCGCCUACUGCGUCGAGUGCGACCGCUCCUUCCUCACCCCGGCCAAGUACCGGCGCCAUCUCAGCCAGUCGCAGAGACAUCGGCCGCAGAAAAAAGUUAGCGUCCCAUGUCCUGAGUGUGGAAAAGUGUUUUCCCGUAAAAACUACAUGAACAACCACAUGAAGCUGUUCCACUCCAACCAGUCCCGCCACCACUGCCCGCUGUGCGACAAGUACUUCGUGAACGGCUGGGGGCUGCGCACGCACCACAAGUUCGUCCACGAGAAGAUCCCGCUGCCGAAGACGAAGAUCUGCAGCGUGUGCGGCCGCGGCUUCGGAACGAACCGCGUGCUAGAGAACCACAUGCGUACACACACGGGCGAGCGUCCGUUCUCGUGCGCGCGCUGCCCCGCCGCCUUCGCGCAGCGCGUCGCGCUCAAGGCGCACCUCGCCGCCAUACACAAGGAGAAGUAACGGAGUCUGUAAGGCCUCUCCACGUGCACGUGAAUCAUUUCAUAUACUUUUCAGUACUUCAGUAAGGUCAUAAGUUCUGUGUAAUAUAAAGCUUUUAACUAUGGAAUGUAGAGGUAAGGAAUGAAAUCUCCAUGUACCAAAAAGUGUCCUUUAAAUAACCUUAAAUUGUGGCGCUACAAUACGUAGAAUAUUUGAAAAAAAAUCAAAUCAUAGACAUCGCACUUUACACCGUCAAAAGCUACUCUGGAGAGUUUUGUAACUAUUAUUUUAUAGCUGACAGCUGUACACUUUUGCAACAGUUCUGCCUAUGAAGAUUUCAUUCCUUACCUCUACCUUCCAUACUUUUAACCUUUCGUAUGAUCUUGUCAAAAAUUUGCCAUUUAUAAUUUGAAUAUAUAUAUAUAGAGCAUAACUGCUCCCAGACAUACCAAAGGUUAAUAAAAAAUGUUUGCCAUGAUUUGAAAGCUUGUUUUAUACUGAUCAAAAUGUAAUAUAAUUCAUUUAUAAUUUAGAUCGCGACUUUAUUUACAAAAGCGAGUAAAAAUCAGUGUCGCACUUAUUUAUUUAAUCUUUAUUGCACAUAACGCACUGUACAAUAGGCGAAUUUAAUGCCGUAAGGCAUCCCCUACCAGUCAACCUUUAGGCAAAGCAGAUAAGUUGUAGGCGGUGCAAAAACAUUAGGUAUAGGUGAUACAAUUGAUACAUGUACGAACACAAUACAGUCAUAAGAAAUAUACAAACAUAAACAUACAUAUAUAUAAAUAAUAUUGAUACAAAUACAUAUACUCACAUAUAUAUACAUAUAUAUAUAUGAAAUCCGAUGAACUUGCAAAGCAGAAACAUUAAGAUUUUCCAGUAAUGCCAGCAAAGUGCUCACUCAAGGACACAUUAAUAAAAUAGGUACAAUUGUUUAUUUGUAUGAACAUACUUUUAUUAGACCGUUAUUUUAUUACCAGCAUAUAGUUCUCCGACAAGUCUGUACUACAGCUAUCACCCUUCAAACUUGUAUUUUUUAGUGACCCGCUAAUUUUUGACUGCGAUCCAACGAGUAAAUUGAACACACACACACACACAUAAGUAAAACGCGUACAGUUGCAAUUCUGGCAGUCCAAUACGCAUGAAUAACAUAUUUUAAGAAAAUUAAAAAUCCAACUUUUGCUUUAUGUAAGAUUUUACCAUGUAAAAAAGAUACAUAAAUAAGUAUGCAAAAUCACCUUGAUAUGGUCGCGUAUUUUUUGCAUGUUUUUUUAUAACAUUUUUUCCGAAUAUUACACAGAAUUAUGCAAAACUGAGAUAGCAAAUUAUGUUAAAUUAUAUUGUAAGUAAUUCAGCAUUAAAUAAGUUUUCUACCCAUAUAUAUGAAUAAUAAAGGAUCUGUGCCUAUAGCUUUUUUAUCAGUCAAAACCUUUGUGACAGAACUUAUGACCUGACUAAGUACAUACUUAAUGGUUUUUGUUACCUAGGUAGGUACAUAUUUUUGGUGGGUAGGAAUAAUGUAAAAUUAUGAAUGAAGUCAAAUAAAUACUUCUGGAUAAAUAA